AAAGCACUCCCACACACAACACAUACCAAGCACAUACAUAGAGAAAGGUGGCAGCUAUUAUUGAAGACGAACCUGAAACUCACCAAUCAAUUUUUCCUCGACGAUCAGGAAGUUGAAGUUGGUUGCUGCAACAAUGGCGAAUGCUAGCAACACUUAUGGUUGUUCAUUAUCUGAAACUGAAUUUGAGAUGGUGAAACACAUCAUCGACAUUCCCGAGCUAGAAGAGCUAUGCCUCUCAGAGUGUUGCAUCUACAAGGUUCCUUUCAAUCUCCGAAAGGUGAACGAGGAUGCCUACACCCCUCAAUGGAUCUCAAUAGGCCCAAUUCACCUUUCCAAAGAGGAACUCAAGCCAAUGCAAGAGCACAAGAAAAGGUACUUCCACUGCUUCUGGGAGCGAGUCUCAAACGAACAAGACAUGAAGAACUACAAGCUCUACCUCGAGACCAAGGAAGAAGCGAUUCGGAACUGCUACGCUGAGAAAUUCCCUCACAUGGCCAAAGAGAAAUUCGUGGACAUGGUGCUGUUGGAUGCUGUGUUCAUCAUGGAACUCUUGUUGAGAAACUGCAGGUGGAAAUCGGAAAGCUCCAAGCACGAGCAAGAGUAUAAGCAAACCAAAUCGUUUCGUCUGAAACACAGUGAUGAUCUCAUCUUGACGCAGUCGUGGCUCAGCAGGGACAUCACUAGGGACUUGAUCCUUCUGGAGAAUCAAAUCCCUUUCUUUGUUCUCCACAAACUCUAUGAAGACGUUGUCCCUUGUCAAGACAAGAAGAAAGAGCACACUGCAGGGUUUGUUGAUCUUGCCAUCGAGUACUUUGCUUUCUAUGACACCCAAAUGUCUUCUUCUGAUGAAACCAAACUUGUUCUCCACAAGAACCAAUCCAGGAAAAACUACUUCAGUGGCUCCCUCCGAAGUCCCAAGAAACCUGACAAUAAGUCAAAGAACAAAGAUAGGUGUAGCAAGAGUACAAGACACUUCACGGAUCUGAUAAGGUACUUUUACCUUCCCACUGAUUUGGGUCGCGACAGUGGUUGUGCCCAUCAUGUUUUAAGAACUGCAACAAAGUUGCAAGACUCGGGAGUGAGCUUUGAGAAAGAUGUGAAGAGAAGGUUACUAGACAUAACCUUCGAGAAGAAGCGAAUCCUGAGUUCAUUUCUUUGCUUUGGUUGCUUGCCAUACCUGAACCACUUCAAGGCACGUUUCAUAAUCCCCCAGUUGAAGGUGGACCACACAACCGAAUGCGUGUUGAGGAACCUCAUUGCCUUGGAGCAGUGUCACUAUCCCGAGAAGCCUUACAUCUGCAACUACGUUUCUCUCAUCGACUCUCUCAUUCACACAACACAUGAUGUGGAGAUGCUGGUUGAGAAGGAAGUGAUCGUGCAUGAGUUAGGAAGUGAUAAGGAAGUGGCCACCCUUGUGAAUGCCCUAAGCAAACACGUUGUGACAAACUCAACAUGUUACUAUGAAACUAUAAAUGAGCUGAACAAGCAUUACCAGAACGCGUGGAACCGCACCAUGGCAGCGUUGUGGUUGGUUUACUUCAGAGACCCUUGGAGGGCAAGUUCCACUGUGGUGGGGAUUGCUGUGCUCGUUUUCGCUGUGUUCCAAUUCCUACGUGCUGUGCGUGCUAUCUUCUAGAAUGUUAUGUCCAGAGUGCAACUUGGAUUGGAGUUUGGAAUAUCAUGUAUGCAUGGCUUCAAUGCUUCUUCGUGUCACUAAUGUUAUGUAUAUUCUUAUAUAUGGUGGUUGUUUACUGCAUUUGCAAUUAUGCAUGGGUGAAUGACUAACGAGUGUGUCUAUAUAGCGAAUGUAAUAAUCUCAUCGAAGAUGAUAAUAAUGCAAUGAAUUAUGAAUCGUACGUUAUGAUGCUA